UUGGGAAAAAGAACCGGAGGAAGUUAAAAUUUAUUAUAAAAAACUUGCUAAAGAAGCUUUCGAUUAUCGUAAUAAAUUAUUUCCUAAACCUGAAAGUAAAAGAAAGAAACGAAGUAAUUGGAAUGUUAUUUCUUUUGAAAAAAAAACUUUACAUCCCAAUAAUGAAAUUAAUGAUGAAAAAAUUAAUGAUGUUGAAACUAAAAAAGAAUCCACUUCCACUCCCUUUGAAAUGCAUGUAUCAGUUGAUAAUCAAACUGACUUGGAUUUUAUUAAUCAGAUUUCAACACCCGACCUUUCUCAUGAAUCAUCCACUACAACUUCACCAAUCAUUGACGAUUGGUCUAUUGAUGAAUUGAAUACAAUCGAUUUCAAUUUAAGAAAUCCCAACUUGACUUCAAGUAAUGAAAAUUGUUCUUACAUGAAUAGUUAUGAACAACAAUCUUUUGAAAAUUUUCAACAAGAAAUUGAUUCUUAUGAUCAUUUCACGAAUCAAAUUAUUGAUAAUCAAUUACAAUAUUAUAAUAUUUUUCAGAAUCAUGAAAUGUUUUGUAAUGAACCUAAUGAACCGCAAUCAAAUUACUGUCAGGUUAAUCCCAAUAUUUUACCUUCCUCCUCCUCACCUAAUGUACUCGGCAUUUUCGAAUAUCACGGAGAAGAACUUGCAAUGAAUUUACAAUCGUUUUAUUCUAAUAAUUUGAAUCCGAUUCCAGAGAAUACUUGCGUUAAUCAACAAUUUUAUAUUCCCGAACCUUUUGAUUAUUAUUCAUUUUAUUAAUCUUAGAAAAUUUACCUCUUUGAAAAAGUCGUCGUUAUCGAAAAUAUUU